AUGGCAUUUGAAGGUAUUGAGGCUGUGGAGGAAUUCUACAAGUCCUAUGCACACCGUGUGGGUUUUGGAGUCCGUGUUGGGCAGCAAAAGAAGUUACAAAAUGCAGUGGUACGAACCAAGCGCUUCUUGUGCAAUAGGGAAGGAUUCAAAGAAAAGGGUAAUGAGAAUGUUGAUCCCUCGAAGAAAAGGCAUAAGAUGAAGUCCAGUAGAUGUGGAUGUCAAGCGCAUAUCUUCGUCAGGUUGUGCGGUGAUAACACUUACAAGAUAGACUCAUGGGUUGAACAGCAUAACCAUGGUCUUGUGUCUCCCGAUAAACUUCAUUUGAUUAGAUCAAAUCGUGAAGUCAGUGAGAGGGCAAAGAAUACACUAUACACAUGCCACAAAGCAAGCAUAGGCACCUCCCAGGCAUACAGGCUCCUUCAAGUCAGCGAGGGUGGGUUCGAGAAUGUCGGAUGCACAAAGAGGGACUUACAGAAUUAUUACCGUGACUUAAGGUAUAAAAUUAAGAACGCAGAUGCUCAAAUGUUUGUGGCCCAGCUAGCUAGAAAGCAAGAAGUCAAUCCAGCUUUUUUCUAUGACUUUGUCGUAGAUGAUCAGGGUAAGUUGGUGCAUGUGUUCUGGGCAGAUGCAACAAGUAGGAAAAACUACAGUCACUUCGGUAAUAUAUUAUCCUUUGAUUCUACAUACACCACUAAUCAGUACAACAUGAUUUUUGCACCAUUUACGGGAGUCAACCACCACUUGCAAAGUGUGUUUUUUGGUGCUGCAUUCUUAGCAAAUGAGCAGACUGAUUCAUACAUUUGGUUGUUUGAGACAUUCCUUAGAGCAAUGGGAGGGGUAGCACCUAGACUCAUAAUCACCGAUGAAGCUAAGAGCAUAGCAAAUGCUAUUGUUGCAGUUCUUCCAAGCACGGUUCAUAGGUUAUGCAUGUGGCAUAUCAUGGAAAAAGUGCCCGAAAAGGUUGGUCCGGCAGUUAGAGAAGACCCUGAGUUUUGGAAUAGGAUAAACUUGUGUGUUUGGGGAUCAGAAACCCCGGCUGAGUUUGAGUCACAGUGGAGUUCUAUCAUUUCAGAAUUUGGGCUAGAGGGGAACGAGUGGUUUGCUAAUAGAUUUGACAUUCGAGAGUCAUGGAUACCAGCUUAUUUUAUGGACAUAUCUUUGGCAGGCAUUCUCCGAACCACGUCACGGUCGGAAAGUGCAAAUUCGUUUUUUAACCGUUUCAUUCAUCGCAAGCUUGCUUUUGUUGAGUUCUGGCUUAGAUUUGAUACAGCUUUAGAAUGCCAACGACAGGAGGAGUUGAUGGCGGAUAACACUAGCAUUCAUACGACACCUCAACUUAUAACACCGUGGGCAAUUGAGAAACAAGGAAGUGUAGUAUUCACAUAUGCAGUGUUUGAGCAAUUUCAGCGUGAAGUUAUUGCCGCAAGAGACAGCUGUUGUGUUCAAGGUAUUUCACAUGAUGACAAUGUAAAAGUUGUGUCCCUUAGAGAUGGCCCUACUAAGGUUAGGGAGGUCCGUUACGAAAAGGAAACCAUGCUAGCUGAUUGUUCAUGCAAGUUAUUUCAGUCAAAAGGUAUCCCAUGUCGCCAUAUUAUUCUAGUACUGAGAGGUGAAAAUCAAAACGAGCUUCCCGCGUACUACAUUAUGAAAAGAUGGGGAAAAAGGUGUAAAAGGGAGAGUAUUUAUGAUGACCAAGGCAAUCCACUAGAAGAGAAGCCCACUGAUCCAUUGGAUGCGGCAAUGAGAAAGAAGAUUUCGACUGUUCGCAAUAAGUUCGAAGAUCUCAUUCAAAUGGCUAGGCACUCAAUUGAAGGAAUUGAGUUCUUAACCUCGAGUGUGUUCAACCUUGAGGCACCUCUACAACAUAUGGUUCCGGCUAUUAAGCAAACUAGGCAAGAGGAAUACGAGGCUUUUAUUGGAUGCAACAUUCCUACCGAAGUCAACAUACACCCACCAAAUGAUAUUAAUUCGAGGGGGAGAAGCAAGAGAAUUAAGAGGGCGAAGGAGAUGAAUCAAGGUGUUCAAAGAAAUAAGAAGAAAGAAGCUAACAAAAGAGUGGCACGCCAAUGCAAGACAUGCAAGCAAGUGGGGUUUCAUGAUACCCGCACCUGUCCAAGCAAAGAAAAACAAGAAUGA